UUUUAAUUGAUUUCACACAGUUUUUUCUUCCAUUCUUUGCUUUUCAAUUACGCCUUACCUUUUCUCUUUCAAAACCUUAUUUCCUUGUAUUUUUGACAUCAUUUCUUUGAAUUUAGCUUUUUUCUUUGUUUUCAUGAUUGUGACUUCGAAGGUUUUAGUACAUUCACUGGCUAGGGUUUUGGUUUCUUUUCCUAUCUACUAAUGUUUUAUUUUGUGUUUAAUUAUUAAUGUCUAAACUGUCAUUCGCGGUUUUGGGAUUAGGAGACGGGAGGAGAAUUUUCGAAUUGGUUGGACUUUUCAAAAUAGUUUACAUUUCGCGUAUUCGUAUUCAUUUUCAUUUUACUUAUAUUUGCGUCUAAGAUUGCGACGGGAAAGUUGUCAGUGAUUCCUUGGUUUUUUAUUAUUUAGAUAUACAUGAGUAUUUUUUACAUGCUAUUUGACAUCGCUUCGUCAGAUAGUUUAUACUGGUACUGCAUCAGUUCUUGUUACAUGCUGUUUGCCAUUGUUUCGACUGAUUAACUUUAUAAAAUCAUGUCCAUAUUUUCUAUGUUUUUUGAACUCUUUCUUAUAGUCUAGUUGCAAGUGGGAAUUCUUUUUUGAAAUGGUUGUUGAGUUGAACAAAAGGUUCACCGUUGAAGGGGUAAAUUGAGUUCAUAAAAUUGCAGAUUAGGUUUUAAUGUGAUUGAAUUAUAAAUGGAUUUACUGUUGUAUCAUCUGGUCAAAAUACUGCUCUAUCAGAUUUAUGAUUUUCUGAAUGCAGCAUUGAGCUAUCAAUCUGUAGGAGAGGAGCCAGAAAUAAAAUUACGAUAUUUAAGAGUAGGGGAUGUCUCCUGAGCAGCUGUAUUCGUGCAUAGAUAGAUAUGUAAAAUGUUCAAGGAACUGAUAAUGCUAUUCCACUUUCACCGCAGUGGCUUCUGGCAAAGCCAGGAGAGAGCAAACCUGGAAUAGGAACUGGGGAAAGUCAUUUUAACCAGUAUCCUUCUCAUGGAAAUCGCUCAAACAUUUUGAAGUCAUCAGGAAUUGGAGAAGAGAUGAAUGAGACACAGAGAAAAAAGGAUGUUUUCCGGCCUUCCUUGCUAGACAUGGAAACUGGUCGCCGUGAUCGUUGGCGUGAUGAAGAAAGAGAUACUCACUCCUCAAUGCGCAAAGAUCGCUGGAGGGAUGGGGAUAAAGAGCAUGGUGAGGCCCGCAAGACAGAUCGUUGGACAGAAAAUUCUUCCAUACGGCACUAUGGUGAAGUGCGCCGACCUCUCUCUGAAAGGUGGACUGAGCCAGGUAACAGGGAUACCAAUCAUGAUCAACGACGUGAGAGCAAAUGGAACACACGCUGGGGGCCUGAUGAUAAAGAGACAGAUGGUUUGCAUGACAGAUGGACUGACUCUAGUAAAGAUGGUGACCUGACUGUUGAUAAAGGAUUAUCACAUGCUUCUAGUCAUGGAAAGGAUGAGAAGGAUGGGGAUAGUUAUCGACCAUGGAGAUCUAACUCAUUUCAAAAUCGAGGAAGGGGAGACUCUGCUCAUUACCAUAGUCUAACACCUAACAAGCAGGUUCCUCCAUUUUCUCAUAGCCGGGGACGUGCGGAAAGCACUCCAAUUUUUUCUGCUGGUCGUGGAAAGCCGAAUUCCAGUGGGAAUUUAAUGAACAGUGUUUCAACUCAUUCUCAGCCUCUGGGAAUUCUCUCUGAUAAGGGUGAAAGUAGCCAUGGAGAGUAUUGUCAGUUAAGGUAUAGUAGAACGAAAUUGCUUGAUGUGUAUAGGGCAACUGAGAUGAGAUCAUAUCAGAAACUCUUAGAAGGGCUUGCACAGGUGCCUUCUCUCACACAAGAAGAUCCUGUAGAGCCUCUUGCGUUUUGUGCACCGGAUGCUGAAGAAAUGGUUAUAUUGAAGGGAAUCAACAAAGGGGACAUCAUAAGUAGUGGUGCACCACAGGUAUCAAAAGACGGAUCUGUUGGGCGGAACUCAGUUGAUUAUACUUCAUCAAGACGAACCAAGCAUGACAGUAAAGAAGAUUUACCACUUGCUGUUGAUGAUUAUAAAGCUGAAAGUUCUGACAAUCCAAAGUAUGGUUAUGCGAAUUACUUAGAUGGUUCAUCACGGGACAAGCUGGCACAUGGUUGUGGUCCCAACUCAAAGAUGGAAACCAUCGAAGAUCGGAGGGCUUACCCUGAUAACAUGUUUAGGGCUGAAGCUUUUAGGGAAGACAAUGGUCCUUUUAGGAAGGGUGAUGCCAUCAAUAGGGAACUGAGUGUGCAGGAGAGUAGUUCUGUCCAUUCUGGGGCCGUGUGGAGAGCCUCAUCACUGGGAGAUCAGUCACAGAUGGCUUUACGUGUUCAUAAGGACAUUCCAAGUGAUGUUAAGUCAAUGACCUCUGACAUGGCCUGGUCACAGCCACAGAAGGAUACCACUAGCCUUUGGGAUGGUGAUUUAUCUAAUUGGAAGACCAGUGAAGAUUCUGUUAUUAAAAGGCAGGCAUCAAUAGUUAUGGAUAGGGAGCAGGAAGCCAGGAAACUCUCACAGCCCUCUCCAGAAGAUCUAAUAUUGUAUUAUAAAGAUCCUCAGGGUGAGAUUCAAGGACCUUUUAGUGGGAUUGAUAUCAUUGGAUGGUUUGAAGCUGGGUAUUUUGGUAUAGAUUUGCCAGUUCGUGUUGCGAGUGCAUCGAAGGACUCGCCAUUUUCAUUACUUGGUGAUGUUAUGCCCCAUUUGAGAGCUAAAGCCAGACCACCACCUGGAUUUAAUGUGCCAAAACAGAAUGAAAUCACAGAUGCACCAAGUAAACCAAACUACAAUGGCUUUGAUGUGAUGAGAGAUGAGACAAAGCAUAAAGAUGGUUCAACUACAGAAGCUGAAAGUAGGUUUCUGGAGUCACUGAUUGGAGGUUUUCAAGGUUACGUCGGAAAUAAUCCUUCCAGUGUUGUUCCCCCUUUAGGAGUAGAUGGUUCAAAUGACCCAUACCUCAUGGCGAAGAGAAUGACACUUGAGCGGCAGAGGUCUUUACCCACUCCUUAUCCAUACUGGCCAGGGAUAGAUGCUACAUCUAUGAUAUCAAAGUCAGAUAUGGUCUCCGAAUCACCAACUCCGGCAAAAGUUUUAUCUUCGAUAAGUGAUAGUUCUCGCCAGCCUCAUUCUCAAGGUCAUGAAUCGAUGUCCAUCCUUCAAGGCUUGUUGGACAGGUCUGGCUCUAGCAUAAACAAUGGUGUUCCUGGCUGGUCAAAAUUUUCAGUACAAGGUGGCUUGGAUCCACUUCAGAAUAAAAUUGAUUUGCAUCAUGUUCAUAGCUUGACUCCUCAAUCCCCCUUUGGUAUCCAAAAACAGAGGCUGCAAACACAGAACCUAACCCCUUUAAUAAAUUCAUUAGGUCAAACUAUGGAAAAUCCUACUGGGAUCUCAGCUUCUGAAAAGGUACUGUCCUCUGGUUUAUCACAAGAUCCUCAACUAUUAAGCUUGUUGCAGGCACAACCCCAGACAUCUGUUUCAGCACAGCAGCUGCUGUUGUUGGAUAAAUUAUUGUUGCUUAAGCAGCAGCAGCAACAGGAAGAGCAGCAAAAGUUACUGUGGCAACAACAGUUGCUCUCUCAGGUUCUGUCUGAGCAUCAUUCUCAAAAAGUUUUUGGUGAGCAGUCACAUGCACAGUUUCAGGCUGGUAUAACAACAGGGAAUGCAUCUGUUGAUUCUUCUCGGCUCCAACCAGUACAAGAGUUGUUUCAGAGUGGUAUGCAGAUUAAUACUCCCAAGACUCAAGAUGAACAUACCUCUGACUUCCUGAAUUUGCCCCUGCAAGUCUCACAGGAUGUAAGUCAUACUGGUGUGUCUGAAGCCUCUUUCUUACCUUUGCCUAAUCAGAUGUUUAAUCGCCCAAAAUGGAGUGCUACUCUUCCAGAGCAAAUGGAUGAUUUCACUCAUAAGGAAGCAUUGGCAGCCUCAACAGUCACUGAAGGCUUUUCCUCACUAGAAUCUAUGAACAAGUCUCAGCUAGAGUCAUCUCUAGUGAAACCUGGCUUUGCUUCAGAAUGUCAUGCUCCUGUUACCCUUGUGAAGGCAUCAGAAGACACUUGGAAGACAGAUGAACCUGUCAGGGUUGCGACGUUGGAAGGUGUUGUGGAUUCUGCACCUUUAGAGUCUCAUGAAAUGUCUGUUACUGUACCAUCUAUUGAUGCUCCUGAGAAUAAACUAUCAGUGCCUGAGCAUGCCAAUGAUGUGAAAUCACCAGUAGAUAUUACCCCUGAAGGACUGCAGGCUGAAAGCAAAUCAAGCAAUGAUGGACCCUCCAUGGUGACAGAAUCAAAGAAUGUCGAAGUUCGUGACUUCAAGAAAACUUAUGAGAAGAAGUCCAGAAAGCAGAAGUCUAACAAGUCACAUUCUUCUGACCAAUCAAAGGGAGUAUCAAAAACUUCAUCUUUGCAGCAAUCUAAGCAAUCAGAAACAGAGAGGGCAAUCACUCCUGAUACAAAGCUUGAGGCAAAUAAUGGUGCUAGAGAAACACAGCAGGGAGCAUCUCUACAAAAGGCAGGAGAGAGCAAUCCUGGGUUUGCGACUGCAGAAAAUCCAGAUUCUCAUAAUGCCAAGGGCUUACCUGAAAGGAUUUCCAAGGAUGAUAAAAUUGUAGAGAGCAAGGAUGACACUAGAUUGGUUGGAUCUGUUUCAGUGCAGAACAGCCAAUUACAUUCUGGGCAGAGAGCUUGGAAACCUGCUCCUGGUUUCAAGCCUAAGUCAUUAUUAGAAAUUCAACAGGAAGAGCAGAGGAAAGCACAGGCAGAAUUGGUGUUGUCUGAGAUCACUACUUCUGUCAGUUCUAUCAAUUUGUCAUCUUAUUGGGCUGGGGUUGUUGCCAAUUCGGACCCAAUAGGUUCUGUGGAAAUUCAUAAAGAAUCUGGCGCUACUGUGUUAAAUUUGGAGAAACCUGAAAUUUCUCUGAAUACAAAGAGCAAGAAGAGUCAGUUACAUGAUCUGUUGGCAGAGGAAGUUUUGGCAAAGUCCAAUGAAGGAGUUGUGGAUGCCGUGCUUGACAGUAAGUCUAGUCUGCCAGGCUUGCAGGAUACAGCAAUGCAUUGUGAAUCUGUAGAUGAUGAUAGUUUUAUUCAGGCUAAAGAAACUAAAAAGAGUCGUAAAAGGUCUGCCAAAGCCAAGGUUGCUGGAGCUAAGGUCGCAACACCUGCUGAUGUUCCUGUUGCUAUGAGUCCUGUUGAGAAAAGUAAGAACUCCCGUAAUGUACAGCCAGAGAAGGAAGUAUUGCCCGUGAUACCAUCAGGACCAUCUUUGGGAGAUUUUGUCUUAUGGAAGGGGGAGUCUGCAAAUCCUUCCUCGUCUUUUGCAUGGUCGACUGACUCCAAGAAGAUCUCAAAGCCCACAUCGUUGCGGGACAUCAUCCAAAAGGAGCAGGGGAAGAAGACUUCUUUGCAGUCCCAGAAUCAAAUUCCAACUCCUCAAAAAUCCCAGCCUACUCAGGCUGCCGAUCCUGCUAAUCUCUCAUGGUCGCAUUCUGCUUCUCCAUCUAAGGGUGCUUCUCCAAUCAUGAUAAAUUCCAACUCUUCCUCUCAGUCAAAAUAUAAAGGAGAUGACGAUCUAUUCUGGGGUCCAAUGGAUCAAUCAAAGAAAGAAACUACACAGGUAGAUUUUCCGCUUCUUUCAAAUCAGGGCAGUUGGGGGACCAAAAACACUCCUGUAAAAUCAGCUCUAGGUGGGUCCUUGAACCGACAAAAAUCUGUGGGUAGCAGGACUGCUGAGCGCACACUUUCAUCUUCACCUGCUCUCUCUCAGUCUUCCCUUAAGGGGAGAAAAGAUAGCAUGGCCAAGUAUUCAGAGGCCACAGACUUCAGAGAUUGGUGUGAGAGUGAGUGUGUUAGGCUUAUUGGGACAAAAGACACAAGUUUCCUGGAAUUUUGUUUGAAGCAAUCCAGGUCAGAGGCUGAGAUGCUUCUCAUAGAGAACCUUGGAUCAUUUGAUCCAGAUCAUGAGUUUAUCGACAAGUUUCUUAACUAUAAGGAGUUUUUAACUCCUGACGUACUUGAAAUUGCCUUUCAAAGUCAGAAUGAUCGAAAGGUCACUGGGUCUGGUGCUGGAGAUAUGAGUUCUGACAAUGCCAGUGUUGGAGACUAUGACCGUGAUAACUCAGUUGGUCCCAAUGGGGGAUCAAAGGGAGGAGGCAAGAAAAAAGGAAAGAAAGGAAAAAAGGUUAGUCCGUCAGUUUUGGGAUUUAAUGUUGUCAGUAACCGUAUCAUGAUGGGGGAGAUUCAGACGGUGGAAGAGUAGAGAUGUAAAUACAUUUCUUUGUUCUGUAAAUGUCUAUUCAGUUUAGUAUUUUUUUUUUUCUCUUUUUUUCUAACCUUAUAGAGCCACAGCAGUGGUACUCGAUCAAUCUGCUGAAGCGAUUUUGUUAAGUUAUAUUCUCGCGGUAGAGUUCUUUGUAUUAGGUGACAGAACUACCUGGCGAGUUUUUUAAUGAAAUUAACAAAACUUUUAUUGAGCC